AUGGCCACCCCCACCGCCUCCGCCCUCCUCUCCCCCUCUCUUCUCCCUAAUCCGUCCCUCCGCCGCACUCCCUGGCGACCCGUCGUCCGGCGGCUACCGCGUCCCUUACGCGCGGGCCGCCCGCGCCUGCAGGCGCCGCCGCCAGCGCCUCCCCCGGUGGCGGAAGCCGCGUUGGAGCGGGACGAAACGCCUCCGCUCAGGCUGCUCGAACCGCCGCAGGAGGACGACCCCUUCCCGCCCGAGAUGGAGCCCGUGGACCCUGACUUCUACCGGAUAGGAUACGCGCGGAUGAUGCGCGCCUACGGGAUCGAGUUCCUCGAAGGCCCCGACGGCAUGGGCGUCUACGCUUCCCGGGACGUGGAGCCACUCCGCAGAGCUAGAGUGAUUAUGGAGAUUCCGUUGGAACUGAUGCUGACUAUAACUCAAAAGAAACCUUGGAUGUUCUUCCCCGACAUUAUUCCACUAGGUCAUCCAAUAUUUGACAUUAUUGAGUCAACAGAUCCAGAGACAGAUUGGGAUCUAAGAUUAGCAUGCCUUCUUCUAUAUGCAUUUGAUAUAGAAGACAACUUUUGGCAGUUAUAUUCUGAUUUUUUGCCAAGUGCUGAUGAAUGCACUAGUUUGCUGCUGGCACCAAAGGAAGAUCUAAUGGAACUAGAAGAUGAAGAUCUUGCCUCACAAAUGUUACAACACCAGCGGCGAGCAAUUGACUUUUGGCAAAAGCAUUGGGACAAACCAAUUCCUCUAAAGCUGAAACGCCUUGCCCGUGACCAUGAGAGAUUUCUCUGGGCACUGAGUAUAGUACAGUCUCGUUCUGUCAACUUGAAGUUGAGAAUGGGAGCCUUCAUCCAAGAUGCGAAUGUGCUAGCACCUUAUGCCGAUAUGUUGAACCACUCGCCCAAUGCUAAUUGCUUCCUGCAUUGGCGUUUUAAAGAUCGUAUGCUUGAAGUUAUGAUUAAGGCUGGACAUGCUAUCAAGAAAGGAGAUGAGAUGACAAUAGAUUAUAUGAGUGGCAUGAACAGCAAAUUUAUGGAAAGAUAUGGCUUCUCAUCACCAACGAAUCCUUGGGAGCUCAUAAAUUUCUCGAGCCCUGCAACGAUUCAUAUGGAUUCCUUCUCAUCUGUCUUCAAUAUUGCUGGCUUGCAUGAUGAGCUGUACCACAAUUCCGCGUUGCCCUCAGUAGAAACUGACUUUGUCGAUGGAGCAGUUGUAGCAGCAGCCAGAGCAUUGCCAACAUGGUCAGACGGUGACGUUCCUGCAAUACCUAGUGUGGAGAGAAAAUCUGCUCAGGUGCUGCAAGGGGAGUGCCGCCAAAUGUUGGAUUCAUUCUCAACUACUAUCGAGCAAGACCAGCAGAUCCUAGAUUCGGAUGUACAUAUCAGCAAAACCCGAGAAAUUGCAAUCAAGUAUCGGCUGCACCGAAAGAUGCUCCUACAGAAAAUCAUGGACGCACUGGACAUCUACCAGGAUAAAAUUUUGUUCUAG